CACGGCCCAACUGAUGUCUGUUCUCUACGUACUGUCAUAUUUGCAUGCAAUGCACCAUUUGCUCAUCAGUCAGACCCCUCGUUGAACCCCAUUAUGAAUUCCAACUACCGGUUUCUACGCAACAGGAUCCCAUGUUCGUUGUUCAUGACUUUAUCGAACUGCACGGGCUUAGUUCGCGUCAGUUGGAAGACUUUGCUGGUCCUUCUCAACUUUGAGGUAACCCAAUACGCCUAUUAUUCAAUCAGUUUGCCAUACCUCUCUAAUAAGCUGGUCCAUCUGCAUUUGAAUUAUUUGUUACAGUACGCCAUAUGGUUAAGCAACCCAAGCAGCCAAGCUUCGUGCCUUGGAAAGCUUAAAUGCAAGGAUUCAACUGGUCGUGUUCCAGGAUAUAGAUUAUUAGCGAUAACGAGUAUAGAGACCUCUGAUGUCCGGUAA